AUGUCCGUGACAUCCUUCCUUCGACGGAUGUCCGUCGAUUCAGACUCGCCCAAGUCAAGCAGAUCCAAUCGUGAGUCACGAGACUCUCGCGACUCGCCGCGAAAUACAACAUCUCGUCGCAGUCGCCUUGUCGCCAGCAUCGAUUCAGCUCGGCGACGAUUCUCAUUACAACAUUGCAAUGAUGUCUAUCAUCACCUACAAGCAGUGGCGAUGACGCACAGUUCUCAACGACUUGACGUCGGCAGUUUACCAGAUCUACAAGAUGUGAGCUAUUUUGAUUGGCUUGAAGUGAAAAUGUUGAGUAAUAAGUAUAAAAAGGUAUAUAGUUCAAUUCUUUUGAAGUUUCUCGAAACCAUUUAA